UAAGAUGUUCAACUGGAAAACUGGAGAAAAAUAGUUCAAUUUGUUCGCACGUGUCGAGAUUGGAUAAUGUUAACGAUUGAAGUUCGUGCUCGCGGUUCGUUAACAUCGAACAAUAUUCGAGAAAGAAGGUAUAGAGUACUCACAUUCUUCACUAUACACUUCAGCAUUAUACAAAAUACAAAUACCAAAUCAAAAUUUAACUGUAACACCGUUUGCUAAUAUUAAAUAUCACUCAUAUUUUCGUGAGGAAGAUGAAAUAUUAUUUUCAAUUAAAGCUGUUUUUUCUGUAAUAUCAAUUGAACAUCGAAACGAUCUAUGGAUAAUUGAAUUAUGUUUGAUUGGUGAAGAAGAUAAUAAAGUAAAAGAAGUUUUCCAUAAAUAUGAUACAGUAUAUCGUAAGGACGUAACACCAGAUAAACUCACCUGGAUUUUCGAAACAGACAUUUGUGCAAUGAAAUCACAAUGGAUAAAACCGUCUUGGCCUUCAUUAAUCACAGACGAAUUAUCUUCUAUUUCACAACCAUCUUCAACAGCAGUAUGCACUACGGUUAAUAACCGACUAACGUCAACAGUAUCAUCUAGCGAAAGGUAUAGUCAGUACAAUAAAGAUGUUGAACUGAUCGUUUAUUCAGAAAAAGGUGAAACAACAGCUAUUCAUGCACUUUAUGCAGAGUUUUUGGUAUGA